CCUUCUUCUUCAAGAACAUGUUGAUCCUCCUGCGUAGAGUUAAACACUCGAUUCCUCAGAGCUUCCUCCUUCGCCAAAUUGGUUUCGCAAACAGUGAUCUCACUGUUCGUUCGUACUUAUCGGGACCUGCUUCGAGUCCCAGCUUAUCUAUAUGGAGACGGAAGAAGGAAAUGAGCAAAGAAGGUUUAAUCGCCGCCAAGGAGCUCAAGCGUCUUCAAACCAAACUCGUCCGUCUCGAUCGAUUCAUCUCUUCCCACGUCUCUCGCCUCCUUAAAUCCGAUCUCGUCUCCGUUCUCGCCGAGUUUCAGAGGCAAGACCAAGUUUUCCUCUGUAUGAAGCUCUAUGAUGUUGUGAGAAGGGAGAUAUGGUACAGACCAGACAUGUUCUUUUACAGAGACAUGCUCAUGAUGCUUGCGAGAAACAGGAGAGUGGAUGAAACCAAAAAGGUAUGGGGAGAUUUAAAGAGAGAAGGGGUUUUGUUUGACCAGCACACGUUUGGAGAUCUUGUUAGAGCGUUCUUGGAUAACGAGCUUACGGUGGAAGCGAUGAGAUUGUAUGGAGAGAUGAGAGAUUCUCCUGACCCGCCUCUGUCUCUGCCUUUUCGAGUUAUUCUGAAAGGGCUCGUUCCUUACCCUGAGUUGAGAGAGAGGGUGAAAGACGAUUUCUUGGAGCUUUUCCCUGGAAUGGUUGUGUAUGAUCCUCCUGAGGAUCUGUGCGUAGAAAGCGAUGAAGAAGCUAGAACUGAUAGUGAUCUUGAAUAGAGGGGUUUUGAGAUUUUGCUUUCUCUCAGUUGAAUCAUUGCUUGGUUUGUUUACUGAUAGAAAGGAAGUGGUGAAAGUUUCUUUACCCUUUCAGUAACUUGUUCUCUUAUACCAGUUUUUGUUUUGAAUGCUUUGCAUAAAUUGCACAUACGUGAUUACAAAUCCUAAUUAAGAUGAAUUAAUUGAAGUAUAUAUUGGGCAAAGAAGG